UAGAGAAAGUGGUUAAGUUGAUUGGAAAUAGAGAAAGAGAAGCAAGAAGUUAAGAAAGAAGAUGGUGAUGGAAGUUGUUCUGGGAGAAGCGUCAGAGGUGAAGAAUGUGGUAGAGGCCAUAGAGUUGGUGGAGACGGGCGUUGCCAAAUUCGUUUUCUCAAGCAGAGGGUUGUCAUUGAAAGCCAUGGACAGCAGAGAGUGUGCAAUGAUGGAGAUCCUCAUCCCCUCCGAUGCUUUCGCUCACUAUCGCUGCGACAACGUCUUCUCCGUAGGCCUCAGUCUCGACCAAAUGCUCCAGCUCCUCCACCGAGCCCACGAUUCUGACAUCGUCUCCCUCACAGCCCUAGAAGGCCAAGACCACGUCACCUUCACAUUCCAAUGCCCUAGCAACCUGAGUUUUUCUGAUCAUCGGAUGAAUCUGAUGAUGGAUAUCGACAAUGGGCCCCUGCUCGAUAUUCACGAGGAUGCCGAGUACCAUGCCAUUGUUGAGUUGCCUUCACCUGUCUUUACAACAAUCUGCUGUCACAUCGAUUCUCUUUCCAACAUUCCUAUAAUUUCCAUUAUUGUCACAAGGGAUACUCCUAUCUUGUUGGUCGCCGCUGGAGAUUUUGGUCUCUGCAUGCACUUGCCUCGUGGAGGCACUGUGAUAGAGAUGACUCAAUGUGUGAGCCUGGCAUUUGAAAUAAGGUAUCUGAACCUGGUCAUGGCGGCAAUGUCGUUGUCUGAUACACUCACCAUCCGCUUGUCAAUGGAGCUGCCGGAGGCUGUGUUUGAGUACAAAAUUGCUGCUGAGAAGGGUUAUGUUCGCUUUCACUUGCCGAUUGCUUUUAACGCAUCUUAUCUGUUAGAUGAUUAGAUAUAAUGCAGGACCUGGCACCAACAGUGUUUGCUGGGGUUCCUGCGUAGAUAAAAGGAAUUGAACAUUGUCAUUUUCCAAUUACGGCCCAAUAAGGUGAAAAGGCAUUUUCAAUCAUCAAUAAACGAUUUAAAAAUUGUCCAUCGGCGA